AUGACGAUUUCUACGUUUAAAGCUCUCAUACUAGAUUCUUUUAUGAGAGAUGGUAUCAUACAAGCUCCAGAAAGUUCAGAAAAUUUUUUUAAAAGACAUCAAAAGUUGUUGAUGACAGGAACUGCAGUUAUUGCUGGUGCUAUUUUGGGUCCCAUUGCAAUUGGUGGGGUAAUAGGAGCUUUGGGAUUUGGAGAAGCUGGUAUUGCGGCUGGAUCUAUUGCAGCAUGGAUGAUGUCAUUACAACGUGGAGCUGUCGCUGCUGGUAGCCUUGUGGCGAUUUUACAAUCGGUUGGGGCAGCUGGUUUAGGUAUUGGGGCAGUUAUUGCUGCUGGUUCAGGAGGUGGCAUUUUCGGUGGAUUUAUUGCAAAAGCAAUAUUGAAUAUAUUAAAAUCGAAUCCUGAAGGAUUAGCAGAAUUGGAAAAUAAGUUUGUUUCCAUUAAUGAAAUUGAUGACGACGAUGAAAAAAAUCAAUUGCAUAAAAAAGUGAUUUUUGUAAUGAAACAAAAUCUUCUCAAAAGUAAUGAGAAUAAAAAUUUAACAUCAUUUCUAACAGGAUUUGACUUGGCCAGGGGAGUAACCAAAGAGGAGGCAAAGAAAUUCGAAUUUUUGUUUAAUAGAGAUGAUGAAGGAUGUAGUGAAGGAAUCGAAAUUUUACAUCAACACUUGAUCAAAAUCAAAAUCAACGGAAAUGAUCGCGUUACUUCAAAACAAGGAAGUUACGUUCUAAAUUUGAAUGAUCUUUGA